GAGUGAGUGAGUGAGAGAGAGAGAGGGUGACACAGAGAAGGAGGGGUGGAGGGAAAUCGCAUUCACGAGAGAGAGAGAGAGACCGAGCGAAGGGGGGCGCGCGUAGUCGCGCGCGCGUGUGUGUGUGUGUGUGCGAUAGUGUGUGUGUGGGGAGAGAGAGAGAGAGAGAGAGAGAGAGAGGAGACUCUAAAGGAAGGAAAACAGUUUUCUUCAGCUCUGCAGCCUUGACAAGAGAGCACACACUACUGAGUACAAAAUGUUAAUGCUUGACGGGAUGCCGGCAGUCAGAGUCAAAACAGAGCUGUUGGAGUCUGAGCAAGGGUCUCCAAAAGUUCACAAGUACCCAGACAUGGAAGCAGUGCCCCUUUUGCUAAGCAAAGUGAAAGCAGAGCCUCCAGAGGACUUGCUCUCAACUGACCAGUUCCAAACACAGACUGAGCCUGUGGACUUGUCUAUUAACAAAGCCAGAACCUCGCCUACCGCUGUGUCGUCAUCAUUACAGUCCUCGCCUCCUUCUGUGGCCACAUCAGCCUUCUCGCCAUCUUCAUCAUCAACCUCUCCUCCCACAGUCAUCACCUCUGUGUCUUCAUCAUCCUCAUCAACAGGCAUGCCCACAGUGUUAACACCAGGACCGCUUGUGGCAUCCCCUCCUGGAGUUCGGGGCCAGCCAUUUUUGCACAUUAUCCAUCCAGUGCCACCUUCCAGCCCAAUAAACCUCCAGACUAAUAAAAUGCCAAGUCAUGUACACCGUAUACCAGUGGUAGUCCAGUCUCUGCCUCUUGUGUACACAGCUGUGAGAUCCCAGGGAAAUCUAAACUCCACUAUUAUGCUGCCCCUAAUGGAAGAAGGCAGAAACCAGGUUAAAGCACAAAUAGAAUCUAAUGACUUGUCUCCAAGACAAAUCAAAAGUGACAGCGAUGAUGACGACCUACCAAACGUGACCUUGGACAGUGUUAACGAAACUGGAUCUACCGCACUUUCUAUAGCAAGAGCUGUACAAGAUUCCAUUUCUCCAUUCAGUAUUGAGAGCACGAGACGGCAGAGAAGGUCAGAGUCACCUGACUCUAAGAAGCGGCGCAUACACCGAUGUGACUUUGAAGGCUGCAAUAAGGUGUACACAAAGAGCUCCCAUCUGAAAGCACAUCGCAGAACGCACACAGGUGAAAAGCCAUACAAGUGCACCUGGGAGGGCUGCACAUGGAAAUUUGCACGUUCAGAUGAGUUGACAAGACAUUACCGCAAGCACACAGGAGUGAAACCCUUCAAAUGUGCAGACUGUGAUCGGAGCUUUUCCCGUUCAGACCACCUGGCCCUUCAUCGCCGCCGACAUAUGUUAGUGUGAGCUAUUUGUGGCUUCUAUAAACACUGUAAGAGCGGGAUCUCUUAUAAUCAGAGUUCAGCUGGGCUGAAACAACCCCAUAUCAUCCCACCCCAGAAUGUUAAAGAUGACAAAUAUUACAUGCACAACUACAUGUCUACAAGCAGGAAGGACACAUCAAAUGAAGAGAGAAGACAGCAAAAAAAGAAAAAAGAAAAUGUAAUGAAACAAUGCUUUCUGGCCCAGGGCCUCAUUGUCCAUUUGCUAUUAAGCAUAAUCUAAUUUCAUUUUUAUUUCUGCACAUUCUGUCUUGUAAUAGACAAAAAUUAUAAUCAUAAUUUCUGAUUUUUUUUAAUGAUUUCUAAGGUUGCAUUGGUGCAACAGCAAUGUGAAAGAACCAAGAUAUCUACAGAUGGGGCAGGCCAUGAACUAUAGAGACUACCAGUGCCCUGGGUCCUGAUUUAUAUGUUUGGAGACAGCAAAUUAAUUUAUCAAACAGUAUUUUAAAUGCUUUCAGUACCACAAUUUCUGGUUUGCUCUUCAAAGAAGCUCCCUUGUGGUGUUUGUUUUUGGAAUUUUGCAAUAAUGGAAGUGGCAUUGUGACAAAGACAAAUGAAUUGCUCACCCGGGAUCUUGUAGAGCUGAGGACCAGAGCUGGAAAGGCAAAGGAAUUAGGACCCUGUCUGCUUAUGCCUUUUGGUUCCUUUACAAAGUAAAUGGUGUGUUUACUGAAGUGCAGUAUUUGUUGUGUGGGAAUCCUUUCUGUUCACAGAGGGUGGGGUUAAGUACUAAGGCUGCCUUGAACCUGGAGAGUAUUUAGGGCUAUUUUAUGUAUUGGCAGAGCUUUUUCAACCUUCCACAGAGAUACAAUAGCUGUUUUGCUUCAAUAGGUCUGAAAAGCACAUAAACCUUUUAAAAUAGACAACCCCAACAAAUCUGUGUGUGUGUUAACAUGGAGGAGGGAGUGGGAGACACUUGCACAGUAGCAGUGUUUACGUUAAACUCACAAAGCAACAUUUUGUAUGCGUGACUCUUUUUUUUUUUCUUUAAUGUUUCUGACUUAUAAAAAGUGCACUAGAUGCAUUCUUGGCUGUGAUAAGCAAUCAGUAAAAUGCAAUCUCAUUUUAAUAAGAUCAAAGAAUCUUUUAACUGCAUAUAGGGCUUUAUCAUUUUUAUUUUUUUUAUUUCUACAUAUAAAGAAUUUUUAAACAGAAAGCCGCCAACACCCUAUUUUAAAGAUAGCAAUAAAAAUAUUCAUUUCAAAAAUAACACUUGUCAUUUUUAUAGCACAAUUUGUAAGAAUGCGACAUUUAAAUCUAGUUAUGGGAUAGUUCUCUUAAACUCUUGGAAGUUUAAAGAAAACUAUCAGUUUGAACUUUGUAAUCAAGGGGAUUGUAAUUUUCUAUUUCAGUAUCACAAUAGGAAAGCAAUACUUUGUAAAAUGGUUAGCGGAUUUGGUAAGAGGAAUAACAUGCCAGCUAUGGACAGAACAAACCUCCUUGUGGGAUUUAUUUCUGUAAAUUACUUUUCUUUUCUGCAGCCUAAUUUGAUGCAUUUAAUUCACUUUCAUCUGCUUUUAAUUUUGCACACUGAUUUAAAAGUUGUAUGUUACGUUUUUUUAAUUUGUAUAAAAUAUAAGAUCAUUAAAGAAAGUCAAACUAUGAUAUUUUGAAUUCUAAAGGAACAAAUUUCAACAGGAAUUAGUGGACACUUAACAUAAAGCAGAGAUGAGAGCAGACACAAAUAUUGUGACGAUGUAGAGUGAUAUUUAACAGGGUUAUUAAAGUCAGUGGGUCAACAAAAGAGCAGAAGUUGAACACUGCUGUGUCACAUCUCUCUGGGUGACAUCCCCAUACCUAGAGAUUUAACACAUUUUCCCUAAAUUAUCAUGUCACAGAAAUGUGUGUGCUUGGUGCACAGCUGACUCUAGGUUGUUCCUGGUCUGGGUAUGUUCAUGAUUGUGUUCUGCAUCCCAUCCAGAGUAGUUCCUAACGUGUGCAGACCUAGAUGCAACAUAAUGCUUGAAGCUUUAUAAGGAUUCCUGGCCAACUUUGAUGACUUUGAUUUGUAUACAGCAUGAAAGUAGAAAGAGUCCUACACACCCCUUGGGGGAUAGCUGAUUUUUAUAUUUAUGUAGUUUUAUCUCCAUCUUUUAAGCCUAUCUAAGAGAACAAUAUUUAAUAUAAUUAAACUAAAAAAACCUUUAGAAUGACUUGCAGGCGGAAGGGGUACGAUAUCUAGAUUAAAGUUCCUCCCCAGCACGUAUUAGCAUUCCAUCAUCUUUGACUACAGGGUAUAGACGCAGCCUCAUGGACACUUCCAUGUGAGUAGUGCCACACUGUGAGCUUGUUACGGUUGCUGUUCCAGUGCCUAAAUUUUCAUAUGUGUUACAACUGAAGCCAGUACAUCCUGGGGAGCUGGACAUUGUUAUUCUGUUAAGGCCAAGUUUGUUAUAAACAUCCCAUAGUUCAGUUUAUGCUGGGCAAAAAGAAAUAUGAAUUUCCUAUUGUGUAAAUCACCUGAAGGGACAUAAUUAUCAAAAAUCUGGCACCCAGUUCCUGAGUAAUUAUAAACAAAAUUGCAUAUAAGAUACAGCUCUGCAUUGGCCAUACCAGGAUGGCUUAUGUUUUUCAUAACCUCUUUGACAAAAUUUGGUUUUUGUUUUGGGUUUCAUUGUUGUGAAACAGAAAGGGAUCGCACCCUCUACCUGUGCAUGUCAUUUGCAAUGCUAAGCUAUUGCUGUAUGCUGUAGACAAAUCUGGCCGUUACAAAGAGUGGUUUCUGCUUUAAAAAAAGUUUGUGAAAACAUGAGGUGAUAAGCACUUUGUUAGAAAGAAUUGUGGUGAAGGAUUUUUUAGCAAUACAGAUUGAGGGAAGUCAUCUUCCUUAAUCUACAUAAAUCUGCAGGAGAAAGUGAAAACAGACUGAUACGUAAGUGACAGCUUAAUUAUACCCCUGGAAAGUUAGCCUUUUUCAGUAAUCAGUGUGUCUCUGCAUUAAUAAUAUGUUGAGCCACAGAACUAGCAUUAAACCUUCUCUACAUGCACUAUUUGACCACCUGUUAAGUGAUACACAGACCGUGACAUCUUAUUCUGUUCUUCUCACUACCCGCAUAGAUCCAGAAUAAUGUUUCCUUCAUAAAGGAGGACGAUUCAAAAUCCACCUUUAGGAAGUUCAUUUAACUCUUUUGUGAGGAAUACAUGGUCAUAGCAAAAAAGAGAGGGCAGAAUGGAGCCAGAGUUGGAAAUAUCCUUUUCUCUUGUCCUGUCAGAACAAUAAGCAAAUACCCAUUAUCACAAUACAACAAAUGCUUGCUUUCAUUUAACUGUUUUGGGUGGAAAGUGCAUCAACUAGCUGCAGUCGUCCCCAAAGCAAGCUAAACAAUUUGAAUUUAUAGCUUCUUUAUAUCAAAUGUUUUGAGUUGCAUGCCUCUUAGUUAAGGCUGCAGCUCAUUGAUAAACCUGUGCAUGGCUAUCUUUGUAACUUUCUGUGCAAGGUCACUAUUGAGCAGAUUACACCAUAGGAAAAGUGCAACAAACCUUAACAAAAAUGCCCUCUGCUGAUGAUUAUGUCCCAGGUCAUGUUUGUGUUUGCUGUAUUCUAUUAUUCACUCUAGACAUAGUGUGCAAAAUGUGAAUUAUUGGCAUCCGCCUGGCCAGAAUCGCUUAGCGUGGCUGAGAAAUGAAAAAAGCACAAAGGCUGUGUGCAUCUAAUAGCUGCUCAGCCUUUUGAAAAAACAUUGAGAAUUAAACUUGUGCACCUAGUGUACUUGCAUUAGAAAGAAAGAAGGGCACUUCUCCGUGGUAUAUAUUUUUGUACUUCAGUAUUAGUUAAGAGGCAGAGAAUUACAGAAGCACAUGGAAGUCAGUAUUUUAAUUGUGUUGCUUUCUUUCUAGUAACAAAAUGGAAAAUUUGCAUAAGCACAGCAAUUCUGCCGACGGCAAUUUCAUGUCAGUGUAAGCAAGUAAAAUUCUGGUAGGUGUAAAUACACUUACUUGAAGAGUUUUUACUUUUGCGGCAUAGUGAAUUCCAGGAAUCCUCACAACCUGUCCAACCAUAAAGGCUAAAAUGCUGGGCGUCAUCAAUGUUUAAUUUCUUGUGUUGUCUUUUUUUUUUUUCUGAUGACAAUUUAGUAAGGGGCACUUCAUCUUUAUAAGUGAAUAUUUUACUGUACAUCAGCUCUUUAAAUAUAAUGUAAUAUAUGUGAUAGUGAGAAGUAUUUUGAAACUCAUAGUUUUACAUAGGCUGUAAAUAGUUUGAAAGUAAAUUGGAAACAUUUCUAAUUUUAAACACAGGAAAUAAACUACCUUGUUUUCAAUUUAAAUGAUUAAUGAUUUUAAUACAGAACCUUUCAGUCAUUAAUAGAAGUCUUUAAUAAUUAUCAGCCUUAACAAGUCCCACAAUAAAACAGUGUUAUAAAAAAAAGUUUUAUAUGAGAUUAUAUGUGUACUUUUAAAGGAGUGAUGAUCAAAGUAAUAUUUGAUUAAUAAAAAUCAUGAAUGAUCCAAAGAGCCUAAAGCAUUUGCUUUUUAUUAGGGUGAUUAUUGAUUUUUAUUUUGGUUUUUUUUAUUAGGGGAUAUAUAUAUAUAUAUAUUUUUUUUUUUGGUUUUCUUUACCAGCAGGUUGUCCUUCACGCACUUUGAGUGUACCCACUUCGCAGAAGGCAGCAGGUUUAAAUUAAAAUAGAUUUGCACUUUUAUUUCUCCCGAUCCCUAACUGAAACUUAAGCCACCUCAACAGCUCAUUUAAGAGCAGACGUGCUUUAAAUUAAUUUUUAACAAACCUGUUUUGUGUAUAAAGCAUUAGUUUGAUUGUGACACAGGCACUUGCAAACUGUAGACACCUGUGAAGACAUUAUCGGAAAGAAAGCAAAAUAAUGGAGAGAGGUUUUUUUGUGUGUUUUUUUUUGCAAAAUUAAGAUGAACUGGUGCACAGUGCUUUCAGACCAGUUCACUACGGGCUAAAAGCCGAGUCUUUCCUAAAAAAGUAUUUGAAGUGCACAUGGUAAAGCAAGUGCGAUUUCUUUAGCCUUUGGAAAAUGAAAACAAAAAAAAUUAAACCUGUGUGAGCGCGAUGCCUUUUUAUUAAGCAGCUGUACUGGUAACCACUGCGAUCUUAACAUAAAUUUAAAUGUAUGCAAUAGAGAUUGCAAAAGGAAAUAAAAAAGAUAACAUUCAACACAUUUCCAUAUCAUUCAAUCUUUAUUUCAAAAAGCCUCAAAAUGUGCACAAUUAUAUUUCUUUUAAAACUGUGCAACUAAACAUAUCAACAGGGAAUAAAACAACAGACAACAGGCAGCCUUAAAUGUUGUCCAAAGACUAGAAUCCUCAACCUACUUAGAUUUCUAUGGAUGAUUCAUGGUUUUAAUAAUGUGUUUAUUAAACAAAAAUGUAUCCUUCUGUUUCAUACCAAUUCUAAUGAAGAUUUUCUUUGCAUUGUACACUAUGUAGUUUAGAUAAUUCUUAUGUUACAAGUUUACUGAUAUUAUGUAAGUGGUGUUCUUGUAUUUAUGUAUAGUGUAUGUAUUGUAAAUAUACUCAGAGCUUUUCAUCUUACUGUAAAAUGGUGAUAUUACCCUACAAUGAUGUAAAGGGAGUCCUUGGUAAUGAAAUUCUGUCAGAGGAUGAUAAUUCCUGAUCUCUUCUAAGAGAUUAAAAUGAACAAGUGUUAACUUUUUUUUCCAAUGGUGUCUAAACAUUCUCUGUCAGUGCAUUGCUUUUUUUUCUGUACUCAACUUUCAUAUGAAUUGAGCUGUGAAUUGAAAUAGAGUUUAAACCUAUCAAUGUAUGCAUUUGUAUAAUUAUCUGAAUGGAGGCAUGAAGGUAAAUAAAGUUGCAUUUUGUAUGUAACAAA